GCCGGGCUCGGUCGGCGGCGGCGGCGGCGGCAGGUGUCGGAGGCGGCGGCGGCGGCCGCGAUGCUGAGCGCCCGGGCGCGAGCGGCGAUGCCCGCGGCCCACCGAGCCCUGCAGCGCUUGCUGCGCACCGGGGCGGCCGUCAGGUCUAAAGUCAUGAAGAACUGGGGUGUGCUGGGUGGAAUAGCUGCAGCUGUAGCAGCAGGAAUCUAUGUUAUUUGGGGUCCCAUUACAGAACGGAAGAAACGGAGAAAGGGGUUGGUGCCCGGCCUCGUGAACUUGGGGAAUACCUGCUUCCUGAACUCCCUCCUGCAGGGAUUGUCUGCCUGUCCUGCCUUCAUCGCUUGGCUAGAAGAAUUCACCACCCAGUACACCCAUGGCCCGGAGCGGCCCCCACCCCACCAGUAUUUAUCGCUGACCCUGCUGCACCUCCUGAAAGCUUUGUCCUGCCAAGAAGUGACUGACGACGAUGUCUUAGAUGCAAGCUGCUUGUUGGACGUCUUGAGGACGUACAGGUGGCAGAUCUCGUCCUUCGAAGAACAGGAUGCUCAUGAGCUGUUCCAUGUCAUCACCUCAUCCCUGGAAGAUGAGCGGGACCGACAGCCACAGGUCACGCCCUUGUUUGAUGUGCACUCGCUGGAGCAGCAGCCAGAGGCCCCUCCCCAACACCUGACGUGCCGCACCCGAGGCACCCCCCACCCCAUGUCUAACCACUGGAAGUCCCAGCACCCCUUCCACGGAAGACUGACUAGUAACAUGGUCUGCAAACACUGUGAGCACCAGAGUCCUGUUCGAUUUGAUACCUUUGAUAGCCUUUCCUUAAGCAUCCCAGCUACUGCAUGGGGCCACCCGUUGACCCUGGACCACUGCCUUCAUCACUUCAUCUCCUCCGAGGCGGUGCGCGACGUCGUUUGCGACAACUGCACCAAGAUGGAGGCCACAGGGACGCUGAAUGGGGAGAUGGUUGAGCACCGGAGAACCACCUUCAUCAAACAGCUCAAGCUCGGCAAGCUGCCGCAGUGUCUGUGUAUCCACCUUCAGCGGCUGAGCUGGUCCAGCCAAGGCGCUCCGCUCAAGCGCCACGAGCAUGUGCAGUUCAACGAGUUCCUGAUGAUGGACAUCUACAAGUACCGCCUCCUGGGGCACAAGCCCCAUCCAUGUAGCCCCAAGCCGGGGGAAGAACUGCAGGGUGGCCCCAUAGCCCCCAAGUCAGUUUUGAAUCAGCCAGGGGGCUCCAAGACACAAGUCUUCAUGAAUGGCGCCUGCCCCUCCCCAGCGUUACUGCCCACCCUGCCCAGCCAGAUGCCCUUCCCCUUGCCAGUGGUUCCUGACUACAGCUCCUCCACGUACCUCUUCCGGCUGAUGGCAGUGGUCGUCCACCACGGAGACAUGCACUCUGGCCACUUCGUGACCUACCGACGGUCGCCACCGUCAGCCAAGAAUCCACUGUCCACCAGCAGCCAGUGGUUGUGGGUCUCUGAUGACACAGUCCGAAGGGCAAGCCUGCAGGAGGUCCUGUCCUCCAGCGCCUACUUGCUCUUCUAUGAGCGUGUCGUCGCCAAGCAGCAGCCACAGGGCCGCGAAUACAAGGCUGAAGAAUGACACAGCCCCAACCUGGCCCCCAGCCCCACAAAGAGCUGACUGUGCACUGUCUGGACUGGCCAGGUCAUGCCCAGGGCAAUGUCCAGCCAGCCCUGCUGGAGUCCUUCAACCUUCUGGUGCCUCCUCAGAGCAGGCUCCAAGUGGGGAGCCCAGUGGCCUCAACUCCACCACCCCUCAGGCUCCCUGGAAUGGUAACUCGAACCAGAAGGCACCAGAAGGUACCGGGAGGCACUUGAAAGGACCAGAAGGCAUUGCCUGACUGCAGUGUCUGGUUACUCACCUGCUACAGGUAAUUAAAAGA